AUGGAAAAGUUGGCAGCAGAGGUUAAAAAACCUAAAACGGAAAAGAAAGGUUCAGAAGUGGGAGAUAUGAUAGGCACAAUAAAAGAAUUUGGAAAAAGAUUUGGGGAACAAACCAAGAAAACUGUUAAACAAGGAUUAAAUAAAUUAGUAGAUAGUAUUGAUUCAGGAGAAGUCAAAGUCAAACAUAAGGAUGAUGAAUCAGAUGAUUAUGCAGAAGAUUAUACACCAAUCAUACAAGAAAUAGACGAGUUCGAUGAUAUGGUGGCAUCUGGACAAGGUAUAACGUUUUUAUCCGACAACAACGAGGAACUACUUAAUAGAUUACGAGCAAUAUUAGCGGCAAUGGAGGAAGGACAUCGAUCGCACAGACAAUAUAAUGAAGUAAAUUUUAUAUUAAAAAGACUCCUAAAAAAGGUAUCAUAG